AGCUCCAUAAGAGAAAAGAGAAGGACAAAGCAGAACAAGCCAAAGAGAAGAAAAAGGAAGGAAAGAAAGAAAGAAAGGAAAGAAAAAGAGAAGCUAAAGUCCCUUGAAAUAUCUGCAGAUCUCAAAAAGAUUGCUGGUGAUGUGAUUGGAAAUAGUCUUCCAAAGCAACGAGAAGAAGAAGCUGAACAGGUGAAGAGUAAUCUUACUGUAGAGAACGAGCAACCCAUCUCGUCUCAGAACCUUCUCUAUUUGUCCGACAGUACACAGAACAGCAACAAGAGAAAAAGGCAUGCUUCACCUUCUACUGAAAGCCACAACAAUGAAAAAGUCAUUCCAAUUCGGUUUUCCUUCAAAAAGCACGAAGGAGCUGAUGCUUCUUCCAAUGAGGAAGGUGUAUGUUCUACAUCUGGGAGGAUUUAUCAUCCUGCUCAGCAAAUUCCCCGAGCACAACAACAAUUUCGAGACACUAAUACAAGGACAAAUAUCAGAGCUCCUGCCCAGGAAAUUCCCCGAGCACAACAACAAUGUCGAGACACCAAUACGAGGACAAAUAUCAGAGCUCCUGCUCGGGAAAUUCCUCAAGCACAACAACAACAUGGAGACACUAAUACAAAGACAAAUAUCAGAGCUGUUGGGGUUGCUUCUGGACCAAAUAAAAUAUCGCCCUUUUGUUCCAAAAUGAAUAGUGCAUCUCCUCUGGUUGCUGCUGGAAAUGCUAUAAAAUCAUCGGUUGAGGAUUGGCUUCCACCUUCACCCUCACUUGAUGAGAAUGAUACUGGCGAGCUAGAAUGGCUUCUUGGAACUGAGCAGCAAAAAGGCAGCUGGGUUAAAAGAAAUGAAACUGAAGAAGGUGCUUCAUGCCAUGUGAGUUCGACAUUGUGGCCAAGGGCCAAGCACCUACCCAGUGCUGAUAUUCAUGCCCUACCAUAUCCAAUUCCAUUCUGAGGUUAGUAGCAAUUCUGACCGGCAACGGAGCAAAAGUAAAACAGACAGAGACAUAUCGUGCCAUGUUAAAUGGCGUGGGCCAGCUUAAGCACAUGUAGGAUCCUGAUACGUGCAUAAUCUAAUUUAAUUUAUUUA